AUGGACGAUACUUUAGCAGUUAUCGAAUUAUUAAGUAAUAAAGUCAAACAUGGCAUGGACGUUUUAAAUGCAUCCGACAAAUAUCUUGAAACAAUGGAUGAAGCCUUACUAGACAAGUUAGAAACAUUGUCGAUCGCUACAACCUCAGUAGAAGGCAGAACAAUGCGUGUUAACAGCGGUGGACCAUUGUUUCCAAGGUUUCCAUCUUGUGCGACUCCGGCUGCUCCUCUGUCGGAGGACGAGGACGAAGUCCCGUCUCGAAACGCAUUGAAAAGGCAAGCGCAGUUACUCGUUGAUACCAAAAGCCGUCGUAAAGGAUUCGCCUUUAGAAGAUGA